AUUGACGGACCGUUGAUUUAAAAAAAAAUUGAUAAACGGGCAGCUUAAUCAAGAUCUGCCCGCUGUCCCUUGUUCAAGCCCUAGCUCAAUUUUCUCUCUCUACUUUAUUUGAAGGAAAAAUGGGGCUUUCAUUCACAAAGCUGUUCAGUAGGUUAUUUGCGAAGAAAGAGAUGAGAAUAUUGAUGGUGGGUCUCGAUGCGGCUGGUAAGACCACCAUUUUGUAUAAGCUCAAGCUGGGUGAGAUUGUUACCACCAUUCCUACCAUUGGAUUCAAUGUCGAGACCGUGGAAUACAAAAACAUUAGCUUUACAGUGUGGGAUGUUGGAGGUCAGGACAAGAUUCGACCUUUGUGGAGACAUUAUUUCCAAAACACCCAAGGACUCAUCUUUGUGGUGGAUAGCAAUGAUCGUGAUCGUGUGGUUGAGGCAAGGGAUGAGCUGCAUAGGAUGUUGAAUGAGGAUGAGUUGAGGGAUGCCGUCCUUUUGGUCUUUGCCAACAAGCAAGAUCUUCCAAAUGCAAUGACUGCUGCGGAGAUUACUGAUAAGCUUGGUCUCCAUUCCCUUCGUCAGCGUCACUGGUAUAUCCAGAGCACAUGCGCCACUUCUGGUGAAGGUCUUUACGAGGGAUUGGACUGGCUGUCCAACAACAUUGCCAGCAAGGCUUAGAUGAAGGAUCUGCCUGGCUGAGCUUAGGAUGAUUAUAUGGUGGAUUUUGAAGCACCUGUUUAUGUGGGAGAUAAUAUUGAGCUUUUGGCCUUUGCUUUUUGUUUGCUAUGUUAAAAAGAUCACAACAGUGGUUGUGUUAAUGUGAUUAUGCUUAUGAAGGUUUUGUUAUGAUCAUAGAAAUUGCUAUAUGAUAUCAAUACUUUUGUAGAUUCAGAAUAACUAAAAUGUAUCUCAGGAAAGAGUUUGUUUCAUGUUGAUAUAUACUGUGACCAUGAUAUUCUUUGGAACAAUCA